CAACAUGGCGGCGUCCAGCACCGCGGAUCACUCUCCAGAGAUAACGACGCCGUUAAAGAUCCCAAAAACCGAGGUGCCAUCCCCCGAGUCCGAGGAUCUGAGUGACAGCAAUCAAUACCACUCCAAUCCCUCCACCCCGAACCGCUUCUCGCCUCUGAACGUCUGCUCGGGGUCCACGGGCCGGACGGCGGCCUCAUCCUCCUCCAACAGCUUCACGGCGUGCCGGGGGAUGUCGUGGACCCCGUCCGAGACUAACGCCCUCAUCGCGGUGUGGGGCAACGAGCGGCUGACGGAGGCGCGGAUGCAGCAGCUGGAGGUGGCGGGCACCGUGUUCUCCGGUAAGGCCCCCGGUCCUGCCAUGUACGAGCGGGUGUCCAGAGCCCUGUCAGAGCUGGGCUAUGAGAGGACCCCGUCCCAGUGCCGGGAGAGGAUGAAGACUCUGCGGCGCUGCUACAGCCGGGUGAAGGAGCACGGCAUCGGGAAGAGGAAGAGCAGCUACACCAUCGAGCAGCUGGAGAAGGUGUUCGGUCAGGGAGGCUGGGACUCUCAGAGCUGUGCCCCCGUGCUCAUCAACAGCAGCGGCCUCUACCAGGAGAUGGAGUCUGACGGCAGCACGCUGGGGGACUACUCCCAGGAGGACUGGUGCAACCAGGUGCUGGACUCAGCCUUCCAUGAGGGAGACAUGGAGACAGAGGAAAUUCAGAUGCCUAAACACAGAGCUCUGCAGAUCCAAGCCGAGUUGUCAGAACAAACACAAAAAAGGGACAUGAUGCAGACUGUGAUGCGUAUCCUGGAGUCGGUGCAGCUGAAAUGGGAGCACUUCCAGACGUGGACAGAGUUCUCGCGCCUCCACCUCUCCAACAAGCUGGCCAUCUUCGGCGUGGGCUACAACACGCGGUGGCGCGAAGACGUGCGCUACCACUACGCCGAGAUCAGCUCGCAGGUCCCGCUGGGGAAGAGGCUCCGUGAGUACUUCAACCCGGAGAAACCCGAGGGCAGAAUCGUCAUGACCAAAGUCCAGAAGAUGAACUGGAAGAAUGUUUACUACAAGUUCCUGGACAUCACAAUCAGCGAGGCGCGGUGUCUGGAGCUGCACAUGGAGGUGGACUGGAUCCCCGUGUCCCAUUCCAGGGCAGCGAGCAGCAGCAAAGGCUCCUACCACUACCUCCUUCCUGGGGACAUCCCCAAGACGUACGGACUCUACGCUAUCGGCUACGAGGAGGAGGAAGAGGACGCCGCUCAGACCUCUCCUCAGAGCGACAGUGAAGAUGUCAGCUUACCUCAUUGCAAGUCGGAGAACGGCGUGCAGAGUCAGGCGGAUGGAGGAGGCGGAGCGGGGAGAGGGGACAGGACUGGAGCUAAAGUCACAUACUGCUACCUAGGGAUAGCCGAGGACAGGACCAUUCAGCAGUGUCUCUUCCAGCACUUUCAGGGUUCAGUCAAACACUACGUCCCCGGGGAACCCUCGGCUGUGACCUGUUUCCUGCAGGAGAACUGCAGCGCAGGUCACGAGGGUGACAACUUAUCUCAGCGUUUCGCCAUUUACAUCAAAUUCAUCGAAGUGGAGCUGGACUUCCUCUCUGCAGGCUCCCUGUUGGAGUGCCUGGAAACUGCUGUAGGCUAUUCCUUGAAAUACAACAACAAAGAAACACUGUAAACAGUGCUCAGUGUCUCCGAUUAAUCCUUCACUGAAAUCAUUAAGUAAGUUUUACAGCCAGCGAGGCUGAAAGUACUGUACUGCUGCAUGGAUGUGUGGCAUAUUUUUGCAGCUUUUUUUCAGCUGUGUUGAACUGAUUCAUCAUUAGAUCCUUAAUGAGACUUAAAUGAAUGACAGUGCACAAUACAGUAAAUGUAUUUUGCAAAAGUACGGGAAUAGUAGCUCAAGUAUUACAGAGCUGCAACCUCCAGGAAGUAUAUACGUAUUAUUUUGGGCUAAUGUGCACUACAAAGGAACUUGCUGCUUUUUUAGUGUAGAUCAAUGUUGCCUCAUCAGGGAAUGUUAGGGUCGGUAAGGUGACUACUGCAGUAUGCGUCUGUCUACCUCAGUAGGAUGUAGCGAACAAGGCAGCGAGGGGGGGAACAUAGUGUGUAUUUAAUUCUGAAACUGCCUUUUACUUACUACUGGACCUGAAUUCACAAGUCUUCAAGGAGAAACAGCAGAUUUAUGCCUUAUGAUUUGCACAUGUAACUGGACUGCAGCUAGAGAUGCUUCCAUGCAAACAAGGGGGAUAAAGAAAAGACCAGUGUUUGUCAAAGUUAGCCAGAUCAUAUUGGCCAGCAUGGACACCUGUUAAUCCAGGGGUGUUAAAUGUAUUUUUUUGUCAGUUGAAUAUCUAGACUUGGCAUUUUUCACUGUGCCAUUGUACACAGAAUUCCCCUCUUACCUCUCUCCUCUCAAACACACCUUCACAUUAGCACCAGGGGAAAACUGGAACCCUGAACAAAGCAGUUUCACAUUAAAGAUAACAAAUUCUACAGCACUUUCUUUCAGAUGACACAUAAUGUCAGGAGGGGCUGCAAGCUGAGCUGCAGCUAGCUAAUUCGUAGGAGCUCAUCUUGUUUUUUUGCUUAGAAUUCCUUCAGUGCUUUUUUCUUUAAAACAAACAGAGCCUUCGAUGAAAAUUAAGUAAAAACACUUAAUGAAGCAGCAUCUCCUUGAUGCUCUUUGUCGAGGCUCUAGGGGCUGCCAGCUGAACGGCCACUAGCUUAUUUGUAGGGGCGUAUAUUGCAUUAUAGGUUAGAGGGCUCUGCCUUUCCCAAAAAAGGUACCCUGUGAUGGAGAAAUAAAUAAAAACAUGGGAUAAAGAAGAUUCAGAUUAAAAAAAACAGCAUCUCCUUGAUGCUCUUUGGCGAGGCUUCAGGGGCUGCCAGCUGAGCUGCCGCUAGCGUAUUUGUAGGUGCUUAUCUAGCAUUUUAAGUUAUAGGUUCCCGUCUUUCCCAAAAAAAAGUACCCUAUGAUGGGAAAUAAAUAAAAACAUUGAAUAAAGUAGAUUCAGGUUCAAAAACAAUUAGUCUUUGAUGCUCAUGGGCUAGGCCUCAGGGCUGCAAGCUGAGCUGCAGUACACAAACGCUCACAAGUUUAAUAAAAUCCCUUAUCUGAAAAAUUGUGCCAGUUCAAGAGAAGGGAAUGGGACUUACCCAUUCUGUCCAGCACAACAUGCUUAUUUCAUGUUAAACCUGUGACUCAUGCAGGCUGAUUUAAGACUUUGGUGUAGUGCUGUACUGGAAACAAAGGAAGGAAAAGUCUAAUAUUUGUAUUGGACAGCCUUUAUUUAUUUGAGUGACAGAGUUUUGAGUUGGAAACACCUUUUACUGCCAGAUCAUUAAGAAUUUUGUUUUUAUCUCAUGCCAUGGUAACAACAUGUGCACCCAUUAAGUUAAGAUUGGAGUGAAGUAUACUUAUUUCCUCAAAAUGCCCCAACUUCUGGGGGAAAGUUCCUGUAGUUUAAAAGGGGCUUCAGUGUGUUGAUCCAGCCAUUUGAAGCAUCUCUAGCUGCAGCUGUGGGAUUGUGGGUACUCUGACAUCCCAGAAACAGUGUUGAAGUCUUAGCAGCUCCUUACUAAAAAACUGGUAUUUAAAUGCACCAGUAGUGUAGAUAACACAUAAUCGUGCCACUAACCUACAUGCUAACAGACGUAACAAUGAGCACUGUUGUAUGACUUGUAAAGGUAAUCCUAUACGCUGCAGAGGUGACCUCAUCACUGACCAACAAUCAAACUCUUCAACUUGAAUCCUGAGGUUAUGUGCAAUGUGCCAGGAAAGGACCGCGCUGUGGUGAAUCACAUGAUGGAUGAGUCCAUAUUGAAUCUAUGUACAUGAAAUCUACCUUAUAUAUAUAUAUAUAUAUAAGUAUAAAAUAUAUUUAGACUAUCAAUGUUCUCGAGCAUUCCGGCUUUUGCAAACUUGCGAUGUUCAUUUGUUUUGGGGUAAACCGUAUAUAAAGAUAAAUAUGAAAUAUUUUAUAUUUUAUUGGUUGGCACUUUGUCUUGUUUGUGAUUGUUUGAGAAGUCACUGUCUCGUAUGUUUACAUGUUUGAAAAACAAUAAAUUGGAAACUCACUGACAUUUGCCAAGCGGUGAAAAUGUGUUUGUGUGUGUUUGUGUUUUUGUUGCCCAGAUUUCCUACCAUGAAGUCUCAUGAAAGACCUUCAUGCACCAUAGAGCUGUGGUUCUUAACCUUUCUGAGUCACGACCCCGCAUUAUAAAAGCUUUGGUGUUGGCUACCCAACCGGCCCCAUAUGAAGUCGAUUCUCAUGACAUUUAUAAAGCCCAGAAAUGUUUAUAAACCAUAGUUAAUGGCCUUAUUUAUGGCAUGACUUAAAAAGAAAGACAGGGCUGACAGCAGUC